GUUCGGUCGAAAGGAACCGCCUCACUUUUCGAGCAGAUUUCGUCCCCCUCCUGCUCAGUACCAACAGCUUCGGUGGUUCCCAUAAGCCGCCAGUGUUCCUCCCGAAUGUGUCUGCCGUCAACGCCUUUUACUUCCAACCCUCCUUUGAUGUUCGUUACUGCAGCUUCGUCCAUUUAUUUCUCCACCGGGGGUGUCGUUCGCCUUGAGACAUCUUUUUCCGACUCGCAGCGGCACAACCACGCCCAUCCGCUUUGGAGGAGUACGGCUCUCCGAGGUCAGCCUGAACCAACUUCUCUCAAGAUGGAGUCUCAACAUCUACGUGGCGAAUUUACCGGCGUGGGGGAUACAAAACGAGACACUUGGAAGCCAUCGGGCCCGUCUCUUCUCCCUUUGUUCAGUCACGGAUAAAUCCAAUCCAUCUUCAUCAACAGCACCAUCGCCUCUGGCCUCCAUGAUCGUUCCUCACGCAUCGCUACCGACCGCUAUAAGCCGACACUUACCCCGAUGUUCUCUUGUGCAAAUCCACAACUGUCCGCUACUAAUCAACUCUU